AUGUCUUCUCGUUUUCUUCCCACACAGGUGAACUCCUUUUUCCAGAAGCUCCUUCAGGGUCAUAACUCGCCUGAGGAGAUGGUGAAGAUUGUGUACGAGUACGCCAGUCGCGGUACUGCCGUGCAAAAGCGUCUCCUUGAUGGCAUCCUCAGAAUGUUGGCCGAUGAAGUCAGCCGCCAUCUGCACGAAUAUCCCGACAGGAUGCUGCCGCUCAUCACGGAACUCUACGGGAGCGUUCUUGCCGGUCUUGUCAAUCAGUAA